GGAGUCCCCUAUCCAGCUCCAAUAGAGCAAGUAGAGCUGCUCUUGUGCAACCAACACCACCACCUCCUCCAUUGAUUCACAGACUUCAAAUUCCCCCACAAGCAGCCCAUCAGCUUCCACAGUGAUCAGAUUAAUAACAACAAUAGCCUGUGAUCACACAGGGGGAGAUAACCGGCGCUGCUCAUCCUCCGCGGGAUACUUGGAUAGCUACAGCAACAGGAUCCAUCCCUGCUCCUGUCUCCUGAUUUUUUUCACGCCCGAUCCACACCUGUGUUUUCGACUUUGAGAACACCCGGUGUUUUUGUGUAACUACUUGGAUACCUGCGCGUUGUGCUUUAUAAAUGUCGGACUGAAUAUAUCUGCUAUGACAGGGAAACUAGCGGACAAAAUCCCUCUUACCAUGAGCAGUUUAAUAAACACGAUCCCUGACAGUCUCUACCCAGAAGAGGACAUCCCGACGUCUAUGAAUAUUUUCACCAGUACGGAAUCUAUUAACCACUAUUCACAGAUGAACACAGAUAAUAUCAUGGAUCUGGGCAUGGGGAACGAGAAAGCAACCUCAGAGAUUCAGUAUGGAUCCAGCUUCCAGUCCAACCGCAGCGGGCAGACUGUCACCUAUCUGGGGAAGUUUGCCUUUGACACUCCUCCUUCAGGUGGCAUCGGCGGCUCCGGCUGGUGCUCUGAUAACAAUAUCAUCAGCCUCGUCAGCGCAGGGAUCCUAGGUGUUUCUCCAUCCCCCGGCACUGUAACGACGCAGACAUCAUCCUCCGCAGCCAGCAUGGGCGGACAGACGUCAGAUAUGGAGCAGGUAUAUGGUCCGCCACUGCCUGCCUAUUCCACCUGCAGUGACCUGUACCAGGAUCAGGUCUCCUUCCACCACAGUCCUGCCACCAGCACGGCUCUAGCCUACCCCGGCAAUGACUAUCACUCCACAUCCAAAGCCUCCAUGGAUGGCAGCCUUUUCUCCAUGAUCCCCGACUACAACCUUUUCCAUCAUCAGGGGGAGGUUGGCGUGAUGGAGCACAAGCCCUUCCAGAGCAUGGACCCCAUCCGAGUCAACCCUCCGCCCAUCACGCCCCUGGAGACCAUCAGAGCGUUCAAAGACAAGCAGCAGAUUCACCCAGGUUUCAUCGGCGGGCAGCAACACCCGCCUCAGCACCACCCCCCGCCACAGACUCUCACCCUCAAACCCAUCCGACCACGGAAGUACCCCAACCGGCCCAGCAAAACCCCCGUCCACGAACGGCCGCACGCCUGUCCGGCAGAGAACUGUGACAGACGCUUCUCGCGCUCGGACGAGCUCACACGUCACCUUCGCAUCCACACAGGUCACAAACCCUUCCAGUGUCGAAUAUGCAUGCGCUCCUUCAGCCGGAGUGACCAUCUGACCACGCACAUUCGCACGCACACAGGUGAGAAACCCUUCUCCUGUGAGUUCUGUGGACGCAAAUUUGCCAGGAGCGACGAGCGAAAGAGACAUGCAAAGGUUCACCUGAAACAGAAGGACAAGAAGCCAGCCGACAAGAGCAGUGGGGCGGCUGGGAGCCACAGCUCGCCGCCCAGCUCCUGUGGGGGGCCAACAGUGGGAACAUCAUGACCGUCACUGCGUGCACAUGGACUGGACCCUCACCACACACCAUAAAGAGACUUAGGAAGAAGGGAUCACGUCCACUAUGAGAUAAAUAGGUGACUCUUUUCCUCUCUUUUACACCCCUGCUCUUUUCAGUUCCUUCUAUUUUGAGAUGGAUGCCUUUAGUUUAAGUCAGAGGGGAAAGGCUGCUACUGCGCCCUUCUCUUUUAAGCAACUCAGAGCCUCAGCUACUGUAACACAGUGCCAACACAAAGAAGAGCACUUUGGCACAUUCUGUCCAAACGGCCACUGUGUAUCUAUAGGUUUUUGGGGUGGAUACACUUUUGUAAAUUUUACAGAAAUUUUCUAAAUUGGAAGGAAGCCAGAAUCCAUCACAGGGGUCGAAACAGACACAUUUAUACUGGAGCUCAGUUCGAGGGUGAGUUGUCUGGGAUGUAUGCAUUAAUUUUAUUAGGCUGUUUUAAAGUGCAAUUGGUUAUAUUUGUGUAUCGUCAUGGAUACCUUAUUAGUGGCACUUGACUGUCUUUUUGUUGUUUUUGUUGAGGUGUAGUGUUUUUAUUUUCUAUUUGAAUGUUGUUCUCUUCAAAAGAAUGUGCCAAAUGUAUUGUGGUGAUGCAGCCAACCUUGUUCUUAUUAUUGUGCCUGACAUUUGCCAAACGUAACGGUGGCAUCAGCUUAGCACAAACAUUGAGUUUAGAGGAAAGAUCUGAUUCAUUCACCACAUUACCAGACGUAGAUUUACCUGCACAGUUUGGUUAAAUCUAGAUAAUGACUGACUGGGUGACACACAGCAACAAACCGAUGUCUUGUCUCGUUACCUGUACUUAUAAAGCAAGCAGGCCUGCAGCAACGGAUGCCUUUGCCAAUACUUAUUUAUUUGUAGUCACUGUGAGACACUGUGUAUUUUUGUUGCCUUUUCAUAUGGUUGCUUUAUGUGGUGUUACCGGAUAUAUUUCUGUUGCUGUUUUUUUUUAAAGCUCACCAAUACUGUUCAUUUUUCAGUUUUCUUGUGUUCUGCAAUUAUAUGCAAUAUAGUCAUGACAUAUGCCACCAACCUGUAAAUCAAAUUAACUAGGAGCACAGCUAGACAGACUGAGCUGCUUAAAUAAAGAACACUGGGUUGCAAACCAGCAGUAUAUGAAAGCAAAGAGGAAAAAGGAUGGAGAUGAAUGAGCCCCCUUGUCUGUGCUUCACAGUGUAAAAAAAAAAAGACUAAAUAACUUGGUUUAAGUCACCAGAAGAUGAGCAGUAUAUGGCAAGAGAAAAAUAAAAAUGUCCAAAUCCAUGUUUACAUCUUUUCUAAUACAGAGAGACUGAGCUGUAAGUAAGGUGUUGUUGUUUUUGUACAGUAUACAAACAUGUAUGCAGGUAGCUACGGUAGAAGUUUCACUUUUGUACUCAAAUGUCAAAUGCACCAUAAUUCAGUAUUAAAUUGUGCAUAUAUGUGCAUGCCUCCAUGCACACUAUGUAAAUACAAAUGUCUGCAUAAACAAGAACUUUCAAUUGACUGAAUGCUUGUGCAGAAUGUGUCUUAAAGCUUUUAGUAAUGUAGUUAUAAUACAGAAUAUUUUGUUGUCCUAUAGGUCAUCGCAAAAAUUUCUGGAGCACUACAGUAGUGCCAAAUAUGGUGUGCUAUCUUCCAUUUAAAAAGAAUAAUAGCAUUUGCACCAUCUGUAUGCUUUAAAGUGGAAACUGGUUCAAGGAAGCACUAAUGUGUUCUCUGAAUAAAUGACAACAUUUUUUUUUUUUUUACAUUUUGUGUAUCUCCAUUAUAGCAAUAUCGGUUAUUUUAAUUAACACAUCUUCCCCACUGCAUUAAAAACACUGGUUGUUCUUGGAUAGAUGUUCUCCCAAGUGAUUGGAUCAGUUUGUGAACAAAAUAUGUCACAGGGCAAUGCAAGAAAAAGAAGGGGGAAAAAAAGCUCAUAUUAUAUUUCUGCUUGCUUGCUUAGCCUUCUACUGAUAGAAGGAAAUAUGUUUUCUUUUCAUUCAAUUAAACAUUUUGUAUAGGCUCCUUUCUGCCAAUUGAUUUACUUGGAUCCUAAGUGUAUUAUAAUGAUAAUAUUUAAAAACAUCACCACAAAAACCAUAUUCGAUAAAACUUUGCUUUUUUUAAAAAAAUAUUGUUUUCCCUUAAUACUGGAAAGCAGCCAUGUUUUUCUUUUCCCUCCAAGACUUUAUUAUGGCUCUGUGGAGCAAAUGCAAAACAUCAUAAGUGAGAUACUAAUCCAACAUUUUCAUCCAGUACAGUGAAUUUAUUACAGUUUUGGCCAAAACCAAUUAAAACAGCUGAAAAAAUAAGAAUGAGAAAUGAAUGAGACUGUAAUUAUUGAAGUAUUUACUUUUGUCAGGGUCAGCAUGAAGCACAAAUGGCAAACACAUCAGCACUGCAGUCAUCAAAUGAGAAAGAGUGGAAGAAACAUUUUUUGAAUAAUGACCUUGUCAGUGUUGUAGGAUAAUUUCAGAUUUUGUUAGAAAUCUUAAAUGAAUUUUCAAAUACCACUUGAAACUCACCUGUUUUAAAAGAAACAUACAUCUUUCCAUUUUAUUUGCUAAUAAUAUUUCUAAUAAUUGCCUGUGCUUUCACACUAUUACAAAAUCUAAUGUUCACGUGAGAUAAAAAAAUUUAUAUCAGCAUUUCUAACCGCUGGGAAAAAACAACUCGAACUGGUCAGCAGACACAGCAAUCAGGCUUAAAGAGAAGAGGAACUGACGAAAGCAAAGGGCAGGAGAAAGGUUUAGGAAAGCAGUGCCACAGAGAACACAGUGCAUACAGAAGUGAGCUUCCAAGGCCACACUUUCCCUUUCCUGUAACAAACCAUUUUCACUGCUGAGCUUCCUGGCAAGUGUCCACUUAUUUUCCAAUUAAUUUGGCCUCAGAGAGUCUUUUCUCAACUCAUCUACAUGGUUAAAUGAACAGACCUCCUUGCACUUUUUGAGAUAGUUUCAAAGUUCACAUAGCCUCUAACAUUUAACUGUAAAUCAAUAGUUUUGUAUCAUAGAAAUCCAUCCUUCUACUGACCGGAUGAACAUUGGCAUGAAACUUUUCUGAUCCAACUUAGAAAAAUGCAGCUGAAAUUAAUAUUGCAACUUUAGAAACUCCAAAACAAAUUCCCAGAUUGAGACAUUACAUUACUAAUCCCACAUAAUUAUCCUAAUACUAACAACUCAUUUUCAAACAUUAGGCUGGAAUUUGUCAGGUUAAAUCUUGCAGUGAGUAAUGGCUUCUAAUCUCACCUUGUGGAGUCAGCACAAAAGAGUGUAUGUAGUACACAAGGUGAUGAAGAAACAACCGAAAUGUUUAUCUUCACUGUUUAUCUGGAAUACUUUGAUGUUGAUCAUUUUACACUCUGGAUUAGUGAGAAUUUAUUGGACCAAAAGCUAUGCUCUCCUCUAAGAGAAAACUGUGUUUAUGUUGCUUUGUGUUAAAGAACGAUGCGGAGUAAGGCGGAGACUACACCAAACUAUUUCCUCGUCUAAAUGAAGCCAUGUAAUUACAAGUUUGCAAACUCAGUAUUUCAUCAGUCUUACUGUGUCUGUCACUUUUGUUUUGUGACAUUUUUGUAAUGGGCAGAUGGAUUUUGUAAAAUUUGUGAGAUCCCCUCCAUCCUCUAAUGUAGUUUGGCGGUUGAACAACAACACAGGCUGCACCGUGUUCUCCUGAACAGUAAUCUGUGUAAUGUGUGAAUGCUAUACAUAUACAUCAAUGACUUGUGAAGCUCAGAAACAACCUCCCUCUUAAUAACGCUUCUCCAGGAAUAAUUUAUGUCAUGUUUUUUUAUGUUCUAUCGUCCAAAAGUGGGCGGCUGAAAGCUCUGAAAUUGGAAUUUGCCUCAUUUUCGUCCUCUGCUCCAUGUUGGAUCUGAGCCAACAUCAGCAGCCAUCUUUGUGCCAAACUGGGUUGCAGGGUUGGCUGAUCAAAAACAAUACAUGAUGAGAACUCCACAGGAGCAACAAAUCAUAAAUGUGACCUCCGUCUGCUUGCAGCUGAAGGCAGCCUUGUGCUAAUGUUUGUGUGUAGCUGUUUGAUUUAGUCUCCGUGAAGUUGGCCUCGGGCAAGGCCGUAGGCUUGGGCUCACUCAUGACAAUUAAUAAUUGUUGGAUUUUUUUAAAAGAAAAAAAUGCUCAUUUUUGAAGAGAUUCAAUAAUGUGUAGAUAUUAUAGGCUACUCAUGUCAUCUUAUGGACUUCAGGGUGGCUUCAGGGAUUUUGUGGUCUUCAACAGUGACACUGGUGUUCAGAUGGAGUCGAUACUCACUGUUUUCUGUUGUGUUGUGUUUCCUUUCAUUACAGUAUAUCCUCAUGUUUGCAUGUGCACGGAAAUGUUCCAAAGUGCUACCCUCGGAUGCGGUGGGUGGUGCUCAUUUCUUUAUUAUGCAUGAAAAUAAAAGUCACAUUGGGUGAAAUGGGAUAAACCUGACAACAAUGCAAGACAAUUGGAAACACACACUGGGAUAACUGUUCUGUUGGCUUUUUUGUUAAAGAAAACAAGGGGUCUUGUUUAAAAUGUUGUGGAUGUCUUUAGCCUAUUUCAUGUUUUUAUUACCUUAUAAUAAGGUCCUUUUAUGAUGAGCUGAAUAUUGAAAUGAAUUUUACUAUAUCCUUGUGAUGGGGAGAUGUGCUCCCCUGUUUACUUGGCACUUCAGUUUGUUGUAAUGCAAUUGUUUUGUUAUUUCUAUGUAAGUACUUGAAUAAAGAAAAAUAUAACUUGC